AUGGCCUCUCAGGCAGAUUACAAGGACAGGCAGUUCCUAGCCGUCAUCGGGGACGAGGACUCGGUAACGGGCUUGCUACUGGCAGGAAUCGGCCACGUCACAAACCCGCCUGACUCGCAAAAGAACUUCCUCGUUGUCGACAACAAGACAGACACCUCCGCCAUCGAAGCCGCCUUCGACUCUUUCACCACCCAGCGCAAGGACAUUGGCAUCGUAUUAAUCAAUCAGCAUGUUGCCGACAAGAUCAGGUAUCGGAUCGACACCUACACAGCUGCCUUCCCCGCCGUACUCGAAAUCCCUAGCAAAGAGCACCCGUACGACCCUGAGAAGGAUAGCGUAUUGAGACGAGUGAAGCGUUUAUUUGGAGAGUAA